UUCAGCUUCAGUCUUCACUGUUCCUACAGGAUUCGCUGUAGAUUGUUAACCCAUCACCAAUGGAAAGGCUGAUUCAGUUACUGCUUUUCUCAGGAUUCUGGACGUUCACACAGAGCAACUCAAAUAAAUUUGUUCUCAUCCAGGAGAAUAAGACCUGGACCAAUGCACAAGCUUACUGCAAAAAGUAUCACAUUGACUUGGCCACAAUUGCAAGCACUGAAGACCAGACAAGUGUACGAGAAGCGGUUAGCACUGCGCUGCCUGCAUUGGCCUGGACUGGACUGUACAGAAACACUAACACUUGGGGGUGGACUUAUCAGUUAAGGAAUGCCAUAUUCACAUUCUGGAAGCCUGGACAGCCAGACAACUCUGAUGGAAAAUCGGAUUGUGGUGUCAUCAGUGCCAGUGGAUGGGAUGAUAUAUCAUGCGGUCAAAUGUUUCCAUUUUUUUGCUUAAAUGCGAACACAGCAGACCGAUUUGUUUUCAUCCCUCAAAACAAGUCACAGGCAGAUGCUAGGGCUUACUGCACAAAGUAUCACACAGAGCUGGCCAUGAUUUUGAAUCAAACUGAAAAUGACCUGCUGGUGAAUAUGACGGUAGGAUAUGACAAAGCAUGGAUUGGUCUGUUUAAGGACGCUUUUAGGUGGUCAGAUAAAACAAUGAACACGUUCCCCAGAAACUGGAGCCCUGGACAACCUGACAUGACUGGCCCAUACCCACUUUGUAUCGCUACAACUCUUGAUGGAUUUGAUGAUCGAUUCUGCACAGAGACCCUUCCAUUUAUCUGCUUACGUUAUUCAAAGAAUAAGAUCAUGAGAGUGGAGUUGAAAUCGAGUCAGAAUCCAAAUGACCCUGCGGUGAUGGAGAGAAUCUUACUGUUGAUGAAGCAGAAACUGAAGGAUCGUGGGAUAGGGAAUGACACAACAUUGACAUGGAAAGUUCAGCCAGAUGGAAAUGUUUUCUCAUCAAAAAAUGAAAGUGAAAAGGGCCAGACACCCUGUUCAGACCCUUUCUUUUAA